CUUGCUCCUCCUUGCCUUCCACCAUGAUUGUGAGGCCUCCCAGCCACAUGGAACUGAUGAGGAGCUGGAAUAUCGUGGGGACAGAGGCCUCAGAGAGCCACCCAGUGAGUCCACAGCAGCUAUGGACAGUCCCUGAGGGGGAGGGUGUGCCUGCAGGGGGCGUGGCCCCAUGCGCCCGCCACCUGCAUGCGCACUGAGCCGACCAAUCAGCGAGGAGCGCGGGCAGCCAGGCCGGCUGCUGCUCUCGCGAGAACCGAGGAUCCAGGCCCUCAGAGGAGCUUCGUGGUGCCAGCCUCUGCAGGUCCUCUGAGGGAACAACAUCAGGGCUCCCUCAGGCUCAGAGGUCGCCUCUAGCUUCCCAGGACAGCCAGCCAUGGAGCCCGUGAGCAGGAAGCACAGCAGGAGGGCUGCCAAGGACCAGUCGGAGGUUCAAGUUAUGGCCACCCAGGAAAUGGAGCUUGCAGGAAAGGAUCCAGUAAGUUAUGAGCAUGAGGAAAGAAAACCUGUUACAGAGACAAAGGAGGGAGAUGUAACUGAUGAGCAUGGGGAAAGAGGAUCUUUUGCUGAAACAGACAAACACACGGGGGUUGAUACCAAGGAGCCAGAAGAUAUUGCAGCUGACAUUAAAGAGGAUCUUGCUGCAAAGAGAAAAAGGAUUGAAAAGGUUGCAAAAGCUUGCAGCGAAAUAAAGAACAGAAUUAAAAAUAUUUUGAGAACAACACAACUAAAAAGGCAGAAACGUGAUUAUAGAAUUUCUCUGAAGUUGCCGAAUGUCCUUGAAGAGUUCAUCACAGAUGAGCAGAAAGAUGAGGAAGGAGAAGGAGAAAAGAUGAAAAUAUUUCAAGAGCAACAAAAGAGGUGGCAACAAGAUGAGAAAGGAACUGAAAGAGAUUGAGCCACCGCACGAGCAAUUCACAAAGUUUUUAGGAGAUCAGCGACAAAUCUUUAGUGGAAGGCAGAAAGUCUAUCAGUCCUUUCUGGAUGUCUUUUUUACGUGUGUUGUUUCAAGAGUUUUAGUUAAAUAGGAAGUAGGCAAAUGUAACUACUGAGUAUCUCUUUUGUUUUCUGCUGUAAUAUAGGAGUGUUUUAUGGCGUAUUCACUUUCAAAAUUAUUAGUGACUAGUAAUGGUUUUACAUGACAAUUUGUAAUCAUAAGAGAUGGUUCAGAUGUAUAACAGAAUGGGAAAGCCAGCAGAUUAUUAACACGUUGUGAUUUGUGAAUUAUCUGCUGUCGUACAGCACAUUAGCAAAUUGUCAUCGGACAAUGAGCUCUUCUUCAUGUAGAUGUGUAUUAUUUAGGAAACAAUGGAAUUCCCUUUUGGGAGGUAAGAUAUUCUUUUUAGUAAACUUGUGAAAAGACACGUUCAUAUGUCACUCCUCUACACUGACUGAGAUGUGUUAAAUAAACUGGGAAAAGAGUUUGAAAAUAAAAUUUUCAAGCAACUUGAGGAUUAUGUAUACACAAAACAGUUAUUUAUAUAGAAGUCACAAGUGGAGAACAUAUUGCGAUAAUAUUCCCCAGAAACCAUUUAUUAAUUGGUAUGAACAUAAGACUAGAAAAGUUUUCCUGUCAAUGUUAAUGCUACAUGUUACCACUUAGGUAGGAACUUCGGUAUCAUCUUGGACUCUUCUGAGUCCAUUAUCUUUCCCAUGCAGUUUUCAUGAGGCAAGUUUUACCUCUGCAAUGGUCCUUAAAUUUCCUUUUUUAAAUUGCCACUGAGGCAACCCUAGUUCAAGACCUCAUUCUUCCUUGCUCGUACUAUUAAACUCUUUUCUGAGUUCUCUCUUCUCUUCUGAGCCACCCUUCAUUAAUCAGAAAUACUAUCUUCCUAAAACCUUUCCCUUCCUAAAAUGCUUCUAGCCCUUCCCUCUUCCCAGCCUGUCAAUGGUAUCCACAUGUCAGCUCUUAGAUAUUCAGAGACUCUCCCCUUUACAUUACCCCCUCUUAGGCUUGUUUUGCCGCCUUCUGUCUUUCUUCCCGCCUCUCCAGGUUGACAGCCUUCUCUGAACGACCUCUCCAUUACUCUCAUGCUUUGCUCUUGCUCUUCCCUCACAAUGCUUCUAAUAUCUUUUUUUUCUUGUUUUUGACCAAUUGAAAUCUUUUGAUUUCAAUCAAAAAGUGGACAUCAGUCUCCAUUUUUGGCUACAUGUCCGAGUGAGUUGCCCUUCCAUAGCAGUUACGUAAGUUUUGUAUUAAUUUUUUUAUUCGUGCAUAUUUGCUCAUGUCACAGGAAUAUGGAAGAGAUUGUGUCUUCAUUUUUUUACGUCUUCCUUAGCAUUAACAUACCACAUUUUAGGGAGUAGGAACUGUUGAAC